GAGUUAGAGAGAGGAGACCAACCUGCAGCCUCCUCCAAUCACAGCCGGGAACCAGAGGACCGAGAACCGCAGACAAGAGGAACGAGACAAGUGAAGACAGAACCGAGAGGAGUGAAGGGAAUCGAGGGAAGUUUAGAGAACCGAGAGCAGUGAAGAGACCAGUCCGUGUCAGUGAGGGUUCAGGGCGUCGCAGCAUGGACCGGGUCCGCGCAGUGCUCUACCUGUCCGUACUCCUGUCGGUGGCGACAGCUGUAUUAACGUCUCGCUCAGAGGACCCCCAAGAGCUGCGAGAUCCCGAGGAACAGCGAGACCAUCGAGACCCCUACUACCGCUUCAGCACCGACGGUCUGGCGGAGCUGCUUCAGGAAGAAGAUCUUUCGGUGGAGAAGAGAGCCAGCAUCAUCCCACGGUGUGACGUGGGCGAGCGAUGCGCCAUGAAGCACGGACCCCGCAUCGGGCGUCUGUGUGACUGCCUGAGAGGAGCCGCCUGCAACACCUUCUUCCUGCGGUGCUACUGACCCCGAUACUGCUACUGAUACUACAAUACUACUACUGAUACUACAAUACUACUACUGACACUACAAAACUACAAUACUACUACUGAUGCUGCUGACACUAAUACUGCAAAACUUCUGCUAAUACUACAAUACUACUAUUGACACUACAAUACUACUACUGACACUAAUACUACAAUACUACUACUGAAGCUACUAGUAGGCCUACUACUGACAUUAAACACACCAACACACAACUAUACACACCCUUGUAGUAUGUCUGCACACCAGUGUCCACUCUAACACACACCCUAACGGGCGUUGAUGCACACAUAACACAAACACACACACACGUGUACACAAACACUUACACACAUGUGUUUGGGUUUAUGUUCUUGUGUUGGGUUAAUUAUUAUUUUUAUUAAAUGAAUCAUCUUGAUAAAGCAGUCUCAGGUCAUUUUAUUUGUUGCAGGCACACUAACAUGUCCUCAUGAACUAACACGAUAUUAACCCCAACCCCUUCUAGUCUCUACUAGUCUCUACUGGUCUUUACUGGUCUCCACUGGUGUCAAUUGUUAUCUACUGUCUCUACUGGUCUCUAUGUAGGCGAUAAUUAAUGUAAAUAGAUGUGUAACCAUGGUAACAGGGUCCUUUAAGAGCCGAUGCUGUAGUGUAGACUUGUGAGUCUUGUAAUCGGAUUAGACCGCUUCUGACUGGAUUAGACCAGGUCAUGUGACCAUCUCCACCACCGUAUCAGGGGUGAAGACGAAGCUCCGACCUGAUGCGCGGAGAGGCGUAGGGAGAAGGGCGUGGCCUGCUAGCUGCUAGCGUUGAGCGGGCUUGACGGGGGGAUGAGGUCUGUGGGGCCGGUCGUGGUCCUCUGCUUGGCCCUCCUCCUUCUGUCCCCGGCUCCUCCCACUGAGGGGAGCCUGCCAGAGCUCACCAGCCCGGCCACGGACCACCUGGGACCUGUGAGCCCCCCCCCUGGCAGGGCGGUCUCCCCCCACUCAGACAACCGACUCCCCGGAGUGUGUCGACGCCUGCGCAGACGGAGAAUCACCGUCCUGUGCAACUCGGAUAAGUUCUGCUCCAGCCCCGGUGGGUCCGCGUCGCUACGGCGGAGGUCUGGGGGUUCGAGUCCCGGUCAGACCUGUCGCUGCCCCCGAGCCUCGCGCUGCUCACACGUCUUUAUAAGGAGUUCCCUGUGAUGUCAUCACAGCACCGCAUGAUCCGCAUCUCUAUAUAAGGAGCUUCCUCUGAUGUCACACGCACACCUGCAAAUAUUUGAUUAGACGUGUUAGAUGUGAUAACGGUAGUUUAUGAUUGAUAAUAGACUGUUAGAUGUAAUAAAUGGAUUUUAUGAUUGAUUAUAGACUGUUAGAUGUAAUAAAUGGAUAUUAUGAUUGAAUA